AUGUCUAAGAUUGUACGUUCUCUAAAGAAUGUCAAGUAUUCAUCUGCUCAGGUGCUUGUUAGAAAUGCAACGUCCAAUGACCCCACGGGUCCAACCACGUAUGACAUGGAAGAAAUAGCGUCGUACUCAUACCAGUCUCAAACAGAGUUUAUGGAGAUAAUGGACAUGUUAGAUCGUCGUCUUAACGACAAAGGCAAAAACUGGAGACACAUUGCAAAAUCCUUGACAGUAUUGGAUUAUUUGGUUAGAUUUGGUUCGGAAAAAUGUGUAUUGUGGGCCAAAGAUAACAUCUACAUCAUUAAGACCUUGAGAGAGUUUAUUCACUUUGAUGAAGCUGAUCAUGAUCAAGGAGCAAUUAUUCGUGUAAAAGCCAAGGAGUUGGUGUCCUUAUUGCGGGACGAUGAGAGAUUGAAACAAGAACGUAGAAUGGCCAAACGCGGUAAGCGUCAUGGAUCAUCUUACGACGAUGAUGAUGGUGACUGGGAGUAUGGUGGAAGAGAAAGAAACAGAAGGGACGGAAGAAGAGAUAGAGAUAGAAACAGAGACGAGCCCUAUGACGAAGAUUUACAAAGGGCUUUAGAGUUAUCAAGAGUGACAGCUGAGGAGGAGCAAUUACGUGCUAAACAAGCAGAAAAUGAUCCUGAUUUGGACGCUGCAAUAAAGUUAUCAAUAGAGGAGGAAGAGAUGAGGAAACAAAAGCAAAACGCCAAUUCCAACUUGUUGGAUUUGAACGAUGAACCGCAAUACCAACAACAACCUCAACAGCUAUAUGUAGUCCAGACUGGUUACCAGCAGCAGCAGCAACUACCACCACAACCACAACCACAACAACAAUUUUUAUUUGAUCAACAGACAACACAGCCACAACAAUUUGACAUGUUUGGUAACCCAAUUCAAAAUCCAAUGGAAACCGGGUUUUUUAACCAACAGGCUUAUCAGCAGCAACAGCCCCAAUACCAACCCAACCAAUUUACAGGUUUCAAUUACGGCCAACCUCAGUAUCAACAACAGCAUGAGCAACUACAACCAUUGAAAACUGGUUCAAAUAACCCAUUCUCUUUGAACCCUGGUACAACUGCUCAUCCCCAUACACAAACAUUAAAUGACUUGGCCGAGGAACAACAACAAGCCUCACAGCAGCAACAGCAGCAACAGCAGCAGCAGCAGCAAACACAGCCACAAUUCUUUACACAACCUACAGCACCGUUGAAGCAACAGAACACAUCAUCAUCUAGAUUCAAUGAGACACACGAGUUGAAUGAUCUCUUGACACAAGGUACAGGAUUGGACACAUUUGGUAACACGGGUGCAACACGUAUCCCACAUCAACAUACUAGAACUCAAAAUUUCAUCAACUCUAGCGGGACAGGUUAUAGGCAGACUAACAACGAGCCACAGAGAUUGAGUUCGAACGCUACAGGUAAUCCAUUUUUAAAUACUGGUAUUGGGUACCAGCAACAACAACAACAACAAGCUCCCAAAAUAAACGUUGCUUACACUGGAUAUGGAUUUGGUAAUGCACAAUCGCAGCAACAACAGAGAGGAAACGACGGACCAAGCUUGAUAGAUAUUUAG